AUGUCCGGACGAGGAGGACGGGGCGGCGGGAGGGGCGGCUUUGGAGGCCGAGGCUCCGCCGGGAACCCCAUCACCAUCGAUGACGACGGCCAGCCCGUCAUCGGCAACGCGGACGGCCCGCCGAGCCUCUACCCGCCGAUGCCGAGGAUGCCGCCGCCGCCGGAGCUCACCGAGCGCGAGGAGGAGCUCCUGAGGAUCCACCGCAGGCUCAAUAACUUUUGGCGAAACUCGUGCUACUACAUGGACGACGAGCCGGAGGCUCAGGAGAUCCCGGAGGUCAAGAUAAUGACCUACCGCGACAGGCUGGCGGCGCAGGAGAAGGCCAAGACGGAGAAGAAGGCCGAGCUGCACGACGUGCUGGAGUCAUACAAGGACCACUUCCCCGAGGAGCUCUGGGCUGGACGGGGGAAAAAGCGCAAGCGAGGGGCCGGCGAUGGGGCAUCGAAGGGUGCGCGCGCGAUCGGGGGCGCCGCGGAUAGCGACGACAGGCUCGAGCGUCUCGCGCGGCUGGAGCAGGAGAAGGGGGUCGGGGAGGAGGAUGUCGACGACGACGUGGAAAAAGCCGCGGGCGACGAGGACGAGGACGACGAGGGCACCGGCAAGCGGGGCCGGCCGCGCGUCAGCGAGAACGCGGACAGGAAACCCAGGCAUAGCGAGAACAAGGACGGCAAGAAGGGCGGCGACAAGGUUGGCGACGACGACGACGGAGACGAGGAUGACUUUUGGGACGACGACGACGACGACUACCAGCGCGGAGCUGACUACGACGACGACGAGGGAUACGACGAUGACCUCGGCGGCGGCGACGACGAGGAGGCGUUCUUCUGA